AUGGCUCAGCGUUUGGUGGCGGAAGGGGCACAGAUUCCAGUGGCACAUCUGGCAGCAGCCCCUUGGGAUCAGCGGGAUGCCAUCCACAACUGGAGCUUGAGCCAGUCACCACCGUUACCAGAAAGUCGUGUUGAAGAUCUUUUUAUCCAACAGGCGAGGCGAAGUCCCAGCCAAAGUGCCGUGAUGCUUGGUGAGGAGCGGCUAUCCUAUGGGCAGUUGCUGGAAGCAUCGCGAAGCUUUGCAGAGGUCUUGAUGUCUCACAGGACCGCUGAUCCAUUGGUUGUGGCCAUCCUCUCUGAUCGUUGCUUGGAGCUGCCCAUGGCACUCCUCUCGGUGCUGAUGGCUGGGGGCAGCUUCGUGCCGUUGUCACCGGAGUUCCCAAAGGAACGUCUGCAGUGGAUGGUCACCGAAGCCAGGGCUCAGCUGGUGGCUGCUACUGAGGCAUUGUCUGACUUGGGCUCCUUGGGUUUGCCGCUCCAGGUCAUCCCAUCCAUUGGAAAAAUGGACAGUUCAGGAACUCAGCGGAUGCUGAAAAGUACGAAACCCAACUUGGUGGCUUAUGUGAUUUUCACCUCAGGAUCAACUGGCAAACCCAAAGGGGUUGCAUUGUCUCACAGAGCACUCUUGUCACACCUCAUGCCCUACAUCCGCGUUCUGAGACUUGGGUCCCAGGAUCGAGUGCUUCUGACAAGUUCCUUCACCUUUGACAUGGCGUAUUCACAGAUCUUUGGAGCACUGCUGAGUGGCGCUUGCCUUGUUUUGACCACCGAAAACCCCAUGAUCGAUCCCUUGGAAUUGCUGGAGAUUUUGCAGAAAGAGACCAUUUCUUUCACCACUUUGGUACCUUCAGUGCUGUCUUCCAUGGUGCAUCUCAAGAAGAUGCCAUUUUCCUUACCGGCACUAAGGCACCUGGGCUGUGGAGGGGAGGCACUCAAAACGGCCACUGCAGAUUUCUUGCGCUCUUGUACUUCUGCAGUUCGAACGCCUCUGUUUUUACACAAUCGCUAUGGUCCCACUGAGUGCGCCAUCAAUGCUUUGCUUUUUGGACCCACUGGAGUCACUGGAGCCAUGCCAAACCCGGAGAUGGACUUUUGGCAGGAAGAUGUGCCUAUUGGAUGGCCUUCCGGCCAUCGACACAUUGCCAUAGAUUGCACCAGAAUGGAUGGACACGGGGAGCUGAUUCUAGCUGGUUUAGGACUGGCCCUUGGCUACGUCUCCAGGUCUCAGAAAUCUUCGUGCGACGGCAGUGACGGCAGUGCUUCUUUUCAAGCGAAUCUCCGUGGCGCUGGGCGGCAAUAUCGCACGGGCGAUUUGGCAUGUCGCAUUUUUCGAAAGAGACCAGGCCCACAAGCGAUGCCAUCUGGACAGGAACACGCCAAUGGCUGUGUGCGCUUUAUUGGUCGACGGGAUUCUCAGGUGAAGUUGCAGGGGCAACGGAUCGAACUCAGCGAAAUUGAGGAAACCAUCUGCAAACUGCCUGAGGUGGAUGCCUGUGUGGUGGUUCAUGUGACUGGAAACCACUCUGGCAGCUUAGUAGCCUUUAUCUCAUCAGCCAGUGAUGUGAGGGAAACAGUGAGAUCUCAGUGUGAGAAGUUCCUUCCAAGGGCCAUGAUCCCUCAGAUUCAGUUGUUGAAAAUGACGUCCUGGCCUCGGACCAGCUCUGCCAAGAUCGACCGUGCUGCACUGGUGGACAUGGUGAGUCCGCUGAGUCCGAGUGGAUCGGAAGAUCCAUCUGCAAGUGCUGUUGGGAUCUUGCUGGAGGUUUUGCUGCAAAUCUUCGGUUCCGCCGUGUCGCCUUCCUCGCUGCUGUCCCCCUUGGGUCUCAGCUCGUUGCUGGCGCUGCGCAUCAGCGCGCUCUGUGCCCAGCGCGGCCUGCGGAUCUCCGUGCGCGCCCUGCUGGCGCCGGAGGCCACGGCGGAAACCGUGGUGAGACAGCAAGGUCAGCUGGAUGGUCUCCAAGAAGCAUUGGAUGUUUUGCUGGGCAGCCCCCACUUGGUACUCCGAGACAUCGGCGGCGCUGGUGGCAAUGCCUGCGCCUGGGAGGUGUUGAUUUGCCCCGGUGAUGGAGGGGUUGGUAUCGAAGGUUAUCGGCCCUUGGCUUCCAGACUGAGCAAGGUUUGUCAUGUCCUGGUUGCUGAUGGCCUCUUGAGUAUUGAAACUCAGAGCCUGAAAGCCAUGGCAGAAGAGAUCCUGAAGCACUGGCCACGAAGAAAGCCUCGAGUGCUCUUGGGACAUUCCUGGGGUGCCGCCCUCGCUCUACAACUUGCAUCCUUGGAACCAGCUGAGGCAGUGUGGCUGCUGGAUCCUUCGAAGCACCACUUUGUCGGCCAACCAGAGGCGCAAAGCAAAGAGGCAUCCACUGCAGAGCUCUUGGAACUACUGGCACGGCUUUGUCGAGAUGGCAAGGGUCAACAGCUGAAGGUGGCCACCAAACUGCUUUGGUUCAAUGAUGAAUGA